CCGGUCACAGUGAACAAUGGCGGCCGAAAGAGAGCGAGAGAUGAUCUUGCUGGAGAUGCAGUUGUUGAAUAUCGAUGAAAGUAUCCUUCUCCUGAAUCGAAUUCUUGGCAACAAAAUAAGGUCGAGGAAAAGGAAGAGAUGGGAUGUGCGCCUGUUGAACCAAUCAGUGCUUGGUCGACCUCUGAAAAACGAGGAAAUGCAUUUCGGGAACUUUAGAAUGUUGGCAAGUCGAUUUGACGAUCUAGUUUGUCGUGUGCAGCCGCUGAUAUUUCACCAGAGCACACACUCCAUGCCUGUUGAUACUAUCCAGAGACUUGCAGUUAGUUUGCAAAUUUUAGCGUCUGGUGGCAGCCAACAGUCUGUUGCAGCGAGCUAUAAUAUGUCCUCCAGCACUGCGUCUGGUGUACUGUCAGAGGUCUGCAAAGCUUUAUGGACGGCCCUGCAGCCUGAAUUUCUUCCAUGCCCAUCAACUACCCAGUGGGAAGGUAUUGCUGCAGAGUUUUGGCAAUUGUGGAACUUCCCGAACUGUAUAGGAAGCGUCGACGGGAAACACAUCAAAAUCAAGGCACCGCGACGCUCCAAGAGUGGCUACUUCAAGGGUUCUCGCUCCAUUGUUAUGAUGGCAACAUGUGAUGCAAGGUAUCGCUUCACCAUGUUGGACAUGGGCGAAUAUGGAAGGGAAAGUGACGGGGGCAUUUUCAAGGAGAGCAAAUUUGGUUCGAUGCUGCUCGACGAAGAGCUCAAUCUGCCCGCACCAGCGAAACUCCCUGGAACACAAGUCCAAAUCCCCCAUGUGAUUGUUGGUGAUGCUGCCUUCCCCCUGCACAGCAAUCUCAUGUCCCCCUUCCCAGGGGCAAAUCUGAGCAUGGAGAAGCAGAACUUCAAUUACCGUCUUUCCAGAGCCAGGCGGGUCAUUGAAAACAGCUUUGGAAUCAUGAUGGCAAGGUGGAGGAUUCUUGGACGGGAUGUUGAGUUCCUGCCAGAGAAGACCGUGGAUGUUGUAAAGGCAUGUGUUGUCCUGCACAACUACCUGGCCUACACUGACGAUCUGAACACACCAGAGACCAAAUACAUACCACCAAGCUUUGCGGACUAUGAUUCAGGUGGAUCAGUGGAGCCUGGGGAGUGGCGAAGCCUGGUAGCAGGGGACUCAAAUCUGAUGGGGCCCAUAGAUCCCUCACAUAUGUCAAAGAACCGUUCCAACACAGCUGCCCAGGCUGUCCGCAAUCAAUUGACUGCCUUCUUUCUGUCACCGCAGGGAAGUGUGGAAUGAAUCUGCAUGUCUUGAAUCAUUAAUCCAUCCAUUGAACCAGACAUCCCCCUCUGUCCACCUUCUUCACCCCUUUUUACGAAGAUGGUACCAUGUCAGUACCAAAGUAUCCUGGGUCUGUUUUGGAUACAACCUGAACAAAUCCAGAACAAUUUCUCCAGGAAGGAAAAAAAUAGACAAACAACCAAACAAACAAAAAACCCUGCAAAAUUUAUAACAAUGUGCUCGAUUUAAAGCAGCAACAGCAAGAACAAAAUACAAAAGUAACAUAAUCAACAAAACAAAAAGGAAAAAAAUAUUGCACAUGAUUCCUAAAAAGAAAAGUUUAUUUUAUUUGAUCAUCCAAUUCAUAGUUUGAUGAAACUUUAUAUCGCAACAAGAUAAUCAUUUUUCAGCACAAAGCCUGAUACAAAAUUGUUAACUAUGUCAGCUAAGCAGCUUUCUUUUUAAAUGCAGCUUUGUUGUAUUUACAGUCCAUCUCCUUCGUAUUUCUAGGCCCCACUUCUUCACACAGACUUCCCGUCAUCCAGAUAAAUGCCACUAAAUGGAUCCAUUCCUCUUUUCCUCACUCUUGGUCUUCUAGUUCACAUUUUCGUAAAUCAAAUCGUUUGAUUUGCCAGAGUUUGGCAAGUUAGCGCUGUUCAGCCCAGAUCCUUAGCAGCUUGUUUCAUUUCACUGCAGUUGGCAUAAAUGUCAUUCUUAGUUGUCUAGAAUUAAAUCAAAACAUUUAAGGUGUUAAUUUUUGUGCAGGUAAAUUUAAUUAGAUUCCUGAGUUUUAAAAUUAACGUAUAGGAGGUAAAAGUCCAUUUAAAGUAUCUCCUUGUCAUCUUUAAAAAGUUGACCAGAAGCAGCAGUGUUGGUUUCACCUUUACUCAGAGCCCUGAAAAAUACAAAAGAACAUAUUAAAAGUAAAAGAAACUCAUGUAUUGGUCCAUUGAGUGAGGCCACAGCAGAGGCAAGUUCUUGGGGAAACAAAUCACAAAUGAAAAAUAACUAGACUGGUCAACCAACAGAAAGUGGGUCACAUUAACUGAUUGGUAACCAAGAGGCUUGAAAAAUGUUAAGCAACUGAAGUAAAACAUCAGACAAAAGAUAAAGUAUGAAAGUCCUGAGAGUCAUGUGUGCUUAUGUGGUCAGAAAAAGGUUAGAGGGAAAUUUGAGAACAUGAAAUAAGGAUGAUAUCAGUGUUACUGCUGCUGAUUGAUACUCAAGUUUACCAUCAGACAAUUUUUCUUUUUUGUACAUCUUCUAUUAUUUUCAAACUUAAAAAUGUUAUUAACGUGUGUUGCUUUUGGAGAAAAUAUAGAAUGUUCCACAGUCUUCUUACGGUGUCAUGGUCUUUAUCUCUUUUUCUUCUUUUAUUUUGAGUCUUCUUAUGUUAAACCUGUAUCCUACUUGCUGCCCUUUGAUUUUGUACUCCUGUUAAGUUGGUAUGCUUAAAUUCCUGUUUUAUUUCGAAACAGUUUUUCUUACAAGUGCGGUAUCUUUUUUGACUUCCUUCCUUGGUCACAUCCUGAUUUACUCCCACCUUUUUCGAAUUAGUCCCUGAGUAUUUUUUUUUGUGUGUAUAUAUAUCAUUUAUAGGCUAUAUCCAUGUGAAGACGAACUGCUUAUAAUUUAAAAAAUAUUCUUCGUAAAGACGGAGGCGUGCCAGUAAAUACAGUAUGUGCAUCCACAUGAAUUUACUCAAUAGCAGGGCUCUCAAGCAUUCCAUGACAUGCAAGUGAAGUGAGUCAAACUAUUUAUUUUACAAUAACCUUGUAGUGUAUCGAACCACUCACCUACCUUGUAACGAACAGCAGAAUACACACCACGAAUAAAACCGCAGAUGUGCUGAUGAAAACAGGCAACAACACUCCACCUGUAACACAAAUAAAAUAUUAAAAUUAGAAUAUGCAGUCAUGUCAGGACAUUAGGGAAUAAUAACAAUGAGGGCAACAUCUGCCCUCAUUCAUUGUACUCCUUUAUAAAGUGUGUAAUGAUUAUGAUGGCAUUUCCAAUUCAUUUGAGAUAUUUUUACUAUAUACUAUAUAUUUUGGAUUCUUUUGCUGAUACAAAAAUGAAGAGCAAACCAAGCAUAAUGUGUAUGUGAGCUAUUCCAGGCACGCAAUACUCUCGUCACGAGGGAUGCUACAAUCCGACAGUGUUCAAAUAUUUCUAUUUUUAUAAUCUUAAAGUGUAUAACACCACAAACAUUGAGUAUCUGUAACUGAGUGAGAGCUGUGCAAAUAAAAAGAUGCCACACCAGGCUUGUAUAUCUUC